AUGGCCUCCCACCGCAUCGGCGCGCGCGUCGCGGGCCUCUCGCCAGCGCAGCUGUGCGCCAUCAUCGAGGCGCAGGCGGGCGCGAGCGCCGCCGCGCUGCGCGUGGCGGAGGAGCACACUGCACGGCUCGUGGAGCAGCCUGAGUGGGUGCUCUCCGAGGUCCUCCUCUCGCCGGACCUCGCCCCGCACAUCCUCGCCCAGCUGCCGACCACGGAGCACGCCGUCAAGGGGACGUGCGAGAGGUGCGAGCCGGUGGAGAGAGAUGUUGCGAGGUGGUGGUUGUACAAGGAGCUUGCGGGCGACGGCGUCAACACCACGAGCGACACGACCGACACCACGAUCGCGGCUGCCGAAAAGGCUUUCGGCGUGACCGUGAGCCGCGGCGCUGCCGGCGAGCAUCUGUUCCGCAACAACGCUUGGUCGCCGCUGGAGUACGCGCGCAAUGGCAGCCGCGACCUCUACAUCACCGAAUUCCGGUUGGAGCGGUGCUCCGCCUACAACACGCUCGUCAAGUACGUGCUGCUGCCGGUUCUUGGGCGGGUGGCGUACCGCCUCCUCACAACCGAAUAUCUCGAGACCUUUGGUCCGUGCGCCGCCGGGCCGUCGGCCUCGACGGUCGGCGAUCCGAUCGUGGCGUAUGUGGACGAGAGGAGGCGUUUCGUGGAGAAUGGCAGCAGCUUCGGCGGCGCCUUUCCCGGCGAGCUGGUGCUGCAGACGUUCGUAGAGGGCUCGCCCGAGAGCGGCUUCGUGUACGUCUUCGACGGCGCGAUUCGCGGCCGGGUGCGGGUGACGUGCAAGCUGAGCCCCGGAUGCUGGCUGUGCCCGUGCGGCUGCUCCUGA